AGAAAGAAAGAAACACACACAACAUUGCUUGCUAUAGCCAUCUCUCUUUUCUCUCUUGAUCUUGAUCUUGUUCUCCAUCUUGAUCAUGGCCGUUGAUUCGUCCUCACCGGAUCCCUCUACAUGCGAGAACAAUGCAAAGGCUCUUCAGUUCAUUGAAGAGAUGACAAGCAAUGUAGACUCGGUGCAGGAAAGGGUUCUUGCAGAGAUACUCUGUAGGAAUUCUGACACUGAAUAUCUUAAGCAAUAUAAACUCCAAGGACCAACUGACAGAGAAAUCUUCAAGGCUAAAAUCCCUGUGGUCACUUACGAGGACAUCCAGCCUCAAAUUCAGCGUAUAGCUAAUGGUGACCGCUCUGCAAUCUUUUCUACUUACCCUGUCUCUGAGUUUCUCACUAGUUCUGGUACUUCUGCCGGUGAGAGAAAACUUAUGCCGACAAUUCAAGAAGAGUUGGACCGUCGCCGGUUGUUAUAUAGUCUUCUUAUGCCUGUCAUGAAUCUUUAUGUUCCGGGAAUGGACAAAGGGAAGGCUCUGAAUUUCUUGUUUGUGAAGGCUGAGACAAAGACUCCAAGUGGGCUUUUGGCACGUCCGGUCCUUACAAGCUACUACAAGAGUGAGCACUUCAAAAACAGGCCAUAUGAUCCUUACAACGUAUACACUAGCCCCGACGAGACUAUUCUCUGCGCAGACUCCUUCCAGAGCAUGUACAGCCAAAUGCUAUGUGGCCUCAUUAUGCGUGAAGAAGUCCUCCGAGUUGGUGCAGUUUUCGCCUCUGGUCUUCUUAGGGCCAUUCGUUUCCUUCAGGUCAACUGGAAGCAACUCGUUGAGGAUAUCUCCUCCGGUACCUUAAACCCUAAAGUAACUGACCCAUCAGUAAGGGAAUGCAUGAGCAAAAUUUUGAAGCCUAACUCUGAGCUCGCGGAGUUCAUUACACAACAAUGCUCAGAAGAUAACUGGGAAGGUAUCAUCAAAAGAAUAUGGCCCAAUACAAAAUAUCUAGAAGUCAUUAUAACAGGAGCCAUGGCCCAAUAUAUUCCCACGCUUGAAUAUUAUAGUGCUGGGUUGCCCAUGGCUUCCACAAUGUAUGCUUCCUCUGAGUGCUACUUUGGGCUUAACCUAAAGCCAAUGUGCAAACCAUCUGAUGUUUGUUACACAAUCAUGCCAAACAUGGGUUACUUCGAGUUCUUGCCCCAGGAACCCUCAGCUUCCUGUGACAGUCCUCCACGUCUUUUGGACCUUGCUGAUGUUGAAGUUGGCAAAGAAUAUGAACUUGUUAUCACUACCUAUUCCGGUCUCUACAGGUACCGAGUCGGGGACAUCCUUCGGGUCACUGGGUUCUACAACAAGGCUCCACAAUUUCGAUUCAUAAGGAGAAAGAAUGUUUUAUUGAGUAUUGACUCGGACAAAACUGAUGAGGCUGAGUUGCAGAAGGGCAUUGAAAAUGCUUCCUCACUUUUACGUGAGUUCAAAACCAGUGUUGUUGAGUACACUAGCUAUGCAGAAACCAAAACAAUCCCAGGUCACUACGUGAUAUACUGGGAGUUGCUUGUUCAAGAUCCAGCAAAUUCACCAACCAACGAGGUCUUGAAUCAGUGCUGCCUAGCCAUUGAAGAGUCACUGAACACGGUGUAUAGACAAGGGCGAGUAGCUGAUAACUCAAUCGGGCCACUGGAGAUUAGGGUGGUGAAAAAUGACACCUUUGAGGAGCUCAUGGAUUAUGCAAUUUCAAGGGGUGCAUCUAUUAACCAAUACAAGGUGCCAAGGUGCGUCAGCUUCACACCGAUCAUGGAACUGCUAGACUCAAGGGUGGUGUCAAAACAUUUUAGCCCAUCUCUACCACAUUGGACACCAGAACGACGCCGUUGAACGCAUGGCCGAAAAGAAGAAAAAAUUGCAUAUAUUUUUUUUUAAAAAAAAGGCCAUCUUUUGGAAGAUAGCUCAGUGACAGCAACUACUUUUUUUUUAUCGAAGAGUGACAGCAACUACUCUCUUUAUAUGUCUGUCUCUUUUUCAUAAAAAUAGCUUUUAAAAGUGUCUUUUAAAAUAGCACAAUGUCAGCUGUGUUAGUGUAAUAAGUUCACAUAAUCUGUACUACGCAUGAUGUAAUUGUCCAUUUGAUGUUUGUUUGUCCAGUGGAAUCCUUUGCUCUU